GGCAGCCCGGCCGUAGCGGGCCAUGGAGGAUCGUCCCGCGGGUGGUGGGCCGCCGCGCGAGGGGUCGGCGGAGGAGGAGGCCGAGCUCCAGGGAGCUGCCUGGAGUGGGGACAGCGGCAACGUGUCCCAGAGCCACAGCAGCGCGUCGGGGCCGUGGGAGGACGAGGGCGUAGAGCUGGGCGCGCCGGGCCGUGAUGUGCCGCUGCUGCGUCGCGCCGCCGCGGGCUGCGCCGCCUGCCUGUUGCCGGGAGCCGGGGCGCGGCCCGAGGUCGAGGCCCUGGACGCCAGCCUGGAGGACCUGCUCACCAGAGUGGACGAGUUCGUGGGCAUGCUGGACAUACUGUGUGGAGACUCCUCCCACGUCGUCAGCGAGGGUGUGCCUCGCAUUUACGCGAAGGCCACCGAGAUGCGGCAGGUCUACAGCAAGAUCGACCGGCUCGAGGCCUUCGUGGGAUUGAUCGGCGCCAGCGUGGCCAGGAUGGAGGAGCAGGUGGCCAGGGCGCAGGCCGAGCUGGGCGCUUUCCCCAGCGCCUUCAGGAAACUGCUGCACACGAUCAGCGUGCCCUCCUUCUUCAACAAGGCGCCCUCCAGCAGGCCGCAGCAGAGUGGCUACGAGCCGCCCGUCCUGUUCCGGACCGAAGACCACUUUCCCUGUUGCAGCGAGAGACCCCAGAUCUGAGUCCGCCGGCCAGCACUGCCAGAGGACGCUGUCUGAGGUUACUGCGGGCGCUGAGUCAGCUGGAAGUCCACUGUAGACAUCCACGGUGUUGGGAGUAUGGCGUGUCUAUCUUUUGCACACUCUUGUUUCUCACUGUCUGCAUGACUUCACAUAAGGAUGUGUGGUUUUCUGUGUCUUCCAGUGCUAAACUGACGGCUGCA